UUCUCCUUCUUCUUCUCCCUCCUCCUCCUCCUCCGCCCGCCCCCGUCCCCCCCGGCGGCGGGCAGAGGGGCGCGUGGGGGGGCCAUGCGAGAGUACAAAGUGGUGGUGCUGGGCUCGGGCGGGGUGGGCAAAUCGGCCCUGACCGUCCAGUUCGUCACGGGCUCCUUCAUCGAGAAGUACGACCCCACCAUCGAGGACUUCUACCGCAAGGAGAUCGAGGUGGACUCGUCGCCGUCGGUGCUGGAGAUCCUGGACACGGCGGGCACCGAGCAGUUCGCCUCCAUGCGGGACCUGUACAUCAAGAACGGCCAGGGCUUCAUCCUGGUCUACAGCCUGGUCAACCAGCAGAGCUUCCAGGACAUCCGGCCCAUGCGGGACCAGAUCAUCCGCGUCAAGCGGUACGAGAAGGUGCCCAUGAUCCUGGUGGGCAACAAGGUGGACCUGGAGGGCGAGCGGGAGGUGGCCUACGGCGAGGGCAAGGCCCUGGCCGAGGAGUGGGGCUGCCCCUUCCUGGAGACCUCGGCCAAGAACAAGGCCUCGGUGGACGAGCUCUUCGCCGAGAUCGUCCGGCAGAUGAACUACGCCGCCCAGCCCAACGGCGACGACCAGUGCUGCUCCGGCUGUGUCAUCCUCUGAAACGGGCAGCGGGUGCCAGCCGGGGGGACAGGGAGACGGGGAGGGGGGUGCCAAGCCGGCCUCCCUGCCCGGGCCUGGCGCCGGAGGCGGACUCCGAAGGCCUCCUCCCCCCGCACCCCGACUUCUUUCUAAAUGUGAUUUCGUUUUCUCCUCCUUUGGAGAGGCUAACGCUUCCUGCGAGAUGAUGGGAAACGACUCGGCACUGUAGUAGGCCCUCCCGGG